AUGACCAUUAAGGAAAUCGAAGAUACGUCAAAAUGGCGUCUUGUGUCCAGCUCAAUCAUUCCGGACCCCAAGCAUGCUGUCAAAGAGCUCAUAGAUAAUGCGAUAGACGCUGGAGCCACCAGCAUUUACGUUGACAUAGAUUCUAACACAAGCGGUUGUCAUUACAUUUGCGUUAGGGACGAUGGUUCUGGCGUAGAUAAAGCUGAUAGGAAUGCAAUGUGCUUGAACCAUGCCACUAGCAAAAUAAGGUCGCAGGAUGACCUAUCCCACUUGAAGACUCUGGGAUUCAGAGGACAGGCGCUCUUUUCUCUAGCAACAUUAGCCAAUAAGAAAGGUUCUAUGGAAAUUACAACAAAGAGUAAGUCUGAAAGUGUUGGCGAGAAGUGGCUGGUGCCCAAAGAUGGCCUUACCAAAGGUAUAGACCGUAAAAAGGUCUCAUGUCCGUCAGGCACUACAGUACUGAUCAAAAACCUCCUGCUGGGAUUGAGAGCCCGGUAUUUACACACAGUAGCUAGGGCGGCAAGAAGCAAUGAAGAGAUUCACCGUCUAACACAGCACUACUCUUUGAUUUUCCGAUCAAUUCGAUUCCACUUUUGUCUUGUUACUGUCGACAAGGAUGGUCAAGUAACGAGGAAGCAAUUGCAACAAUCCUUGGAACCAAACCUUUCAAGAGUACGAGCCCUCUCAAUAGCAUCAAAGUUGAGGUCGCCAGUCUCAGAUAACUUCCUCGUUAACGAUAAUUUGCCUGUCAAUAAGUUUAUUCAUUUGAAUGUCAUACUGCCAAGAAUGCAGCCGCAGACAGACGUCUGCGGGCUCAACAAAAAUAAGAGGUUUCUCUCCGUUAACAAUCGAAUCAUUUCGCUUCAACUGAACUUUGGGACUUCAGUCGCCAAAAUAGUUAAUAAAAUUUACCGUGAAGCAAAUUUAAUGGAUCCAACGACCUGGUAUAUUAACUUCGAAUGUGACGCAAGAAUUUUGGACGUGAAUGUUGAACCGGGAAAAAAUGAUGUUAUGAUUAAGGACGUAUCCAUCGUCAUGCGUCAACUGGAGGAGUCUCUCUCUGCGUAUAUUGUGGCGGAGUUGGGCAAGAAAGGAUGUGAAGAAAUCGAAAUGACCGGGCGAAUUCCAAGGCGUCCAGGCAUAUGUCAGGAAGCUACUGUGACAAGCCAAAAGCCAGGUAACAAUGGAGGUGUAUCCACGGUUAACGGUGAUCAGCACGCUGGGAAACAGGGGGAAAUCAAACGAAAUGAAUCACUGCUUCCUUCAGCGAAUGAAAAUGUACGCUCAGUCGGAAGCACAUCGGCGCUGCGAUGCGCCAAGCGCCAAGCUGCAUCUGAUUAUGUGUAUCCAGAUGAGAUUCGAUGGAAGUGCAACUUAAAUUCGGAUGAUGCGGUUGGAACACAGGAAGUAACCAAUCGCCAUUGCUCAUCGUCGCUGGAAAGCUCGCCAAUCCCGGGCUGUGAGAAUGAGGAUAUGGAGGUGGCACGAAACAUAUCCCUUUCGAACCCGUUCAUGAUCGCAAAGCUGAAGCACUUCAGCGUAAAGCAGCGCAAAAUUGAAGUACCGCAGAAGAAUCUUGAUAAUUCGAGCUCCCAUGAUUCCGCUGAUGUUGCUCACCUCGAAUCGAGAAGAUAUCUGGAAAGUGCACCUACUUAUCCGCGAGCGGAUUUCAAGCAACCUAGCUUGUCAUCCACCUGCGGUGAUACAACGCUGAUAGAUGAAGAGAUUGUAGAUGAGGAAAGGAUAGGCCAUAAAGCCUGCUUAGCUUCAAGAAGGCUACGACUGUAUUCAGAGCAUACAGAAGGCGUUACACAGUCUGUCGACUACAAUUAUGGCAAGUACAGUCAAAGUGCUUACAAAAACGAACUACAGUGGUUAAGCAGAGAUUCUGAUCCGAAAAACCGCGUAACCGAAAGCCUUAUUGCCCUUUCAAAGGACCUGAAGGACAAGAGAAUUUCGCUCUCUCGCGCAAAAGAGGGAUGGUUCAUACUGACCAACUGA